UGCGUGCAGCUCUCCCUCUGCAAACAAGUCACAAUGUUUCUCUUUAACUUGUUUUCAGCCACUACCUGGACUUUGCUGGUUCUUUUUAUCACCCUUGUGUUGCUAUAUGGAAUUUGGCCAUAUAGGUUUUUCAAAAAAUUGGGAAUACAGGGACCAAGACCACUGCCGUUUGUUGGGACACUUCUAGGCUUUAAAAAGGGAUUAGCUGCUGUUGACCGAGAAUGCCAAGCCAAGUACGGGGACGUCUGGGGGAUGUUUGAUGCACGAACCCCAGUUUUAAUGGUGGCAGACCCUGAGAUUGUUAAGACUGUGAUGGUGAAGGAGUGCUACUCUGUGUUUACCAACCGCAGGGAUAAUCCAGUGGCAGGACCUAUGGCUGAUGCAAUUACAACAGUUAAAGAUGAGAGGUGGAAAAGAAUUCGGAGCACUUUAUCACCAUGCUUCACCAGUGGAAGACUGAAACAGGCUUUUCCCAUCGUUGCACGCUAUGCAGACCAACUCACUGAAAAACUUGGACAAACACAUUUGGAUGGACCCAUCGAUGUCAAACUAUUCGUGGGCCCUUAUAGUUUAGACGUUGUGACCAGUGCAUCCUUCGGUGUUGAGGCAAACUCCAUAAACAAUCCAGAUGACCCGUUUGUUGUUCAGGUCAAGAAGGUCCUUAAUUUCAGAAUGUGGCUUUUCUUUCUACUAAUGGUAUUUCCCUUCACCGCCCGACUGUUUAAUCUCCUGAAAAUUGAACUAAUAUCCAGAGUCAGUGUGGAUUAUUUCUACAACAUCAUCAAGAUAUUUAAAGAGCAGCAUGGGGCAGAUGAAUCUAUUCGGGCAGACUUCCUGCAGGUGAUGAUCCAGAACGAGAUACCAGAAACAGACAUCAAGAGUGAACAAGAUCAGCCAAGUAAAGGUUUGACCGAGCACGAGAUCCUUUCGCAGGCUAUCAUCUUCAUCUUUGCGGGCUAUGAGACCACCAGUGUCACUCUCACGUACAUCCUUUACCAUCUCGCCACCAACCCUGAAGCGAUGCGGACGUUGCAGGAAGAAAUCGAUGCCAACCUACAGAGAGAUGCUCCAUUGGGAUACGAGGAUGUGGUCGGUCUGCAGUACCUGGACCAUGUUAUUUUGGAGUCACAGCGUUUGAUUCCCACUGCACCUCGGCUUGAGAGGAUAUGCAAAAAAACUGUCCAGAUCCACGGCCUCACCAUCCCCGAAGGAACCCUGGUUACCGUUCCAAUUCACUUAUUACACAAGGACCCACGUUUUUGGAGCUCACCUGAGCUUUUCAGACCCGAGAGGUUCAGUAAAGACAGUGGGGAAGAGGUGAACCUGUACGCGUACUUGCCGUUCGGGCUCGGUCCUCGUAACUGCGUUGGGAUGCGCUACGCUGUCCUCACCAUGAAGACGGUUCUUGUCCGUCUCCUGCAGAGUUACACCGUGGAAACAUGCAAAGACACCGUGAUUCCGUUGGAGUUUAACUGGAUGUUACAGCCGAAACAGCCAAUAAAACUCACGUUUGUUCCCAGACAACAGUAGUUAAAAGGCAGCUUCUCUGAAUAAACCUUGCUUCUGAAUUGCUUAACUGCUGAAAGGAUAAGAAUGAAAGUUUUGAUAAUAUUGACAUUAUUUUUUUAAUGCACCUAGAACAUCAGAUUUUUCUUGCAAUGUUGUUUAUCAAAUUUGUAUGCAUUUAAAGGAAGUGUGUAACAUGUAGGGAGAUUAAUUGGCAUUUAUGGAAUAUAAUAUUCAUUACUGUUUUUAUUAUAAUGAACUGAAACUAAGAAUCGUUAUGUUUAUUGUUAGCUAAGAAAAAGCCCUUUAUAUCUACAUAGGGAGCGGAUCCUCUUCCAUGGAGUCCGCCGUGUUGCACUGCAAGGCUUCUACAGCAAAGUAUUGUUUAGCCUCAAUGCUACUGCUGCUUGUUAUUAGUACUUUUUAAUGUUUUGGUGUAAUUUAUUAUCACGCUGCAGCGAUCAUCUCCUCAGCUCUCUGUGUCAGGACUGUGCUCAUGCAAGUUCCCACACACACAAAUACACACAAGUACAAAAACAUGGAACUAGGUCGGCAUACAGAACAGAUAGGUCGGGGUGGAGACUCUGAAGUGAACCAGAUGAAGUGAAGAUUCCUCGAGUUGAUGACAAUUUCGCUCGUUAAACAUUUGUGGGUAAGAAGCCAGUACUAUCAAUACAUCUGUUCAACAAGCACGAACAUGUAAACAAAAGGGAAACCUAAUUCAAUCGGCUCUGUCUGCAGUCUCUCAUCCACUGCCGCUAUGUUUACACAUGCAUAGAACGAAACCUUUUUUUUACAAACAAGCUGUGUGAAGUCAGAAGGGUAUGUUGUCUCUUGUAAUCUGCAACCUCACCACUAAAUGCCACUAAAUCUAAAUCUUUUCAGGACAUGUAUUUACAUGAAAACACACUCGUGAACGCAAUAUCUCAGCAACACCUUGACCGAACUUAUUCAAAUUGGCACAAACAUCUACUUUGAAUUGAGUCUGUCGGUACAUUGGUCAAGUCAAUCUCACUGGCGCACGUUUCUGCCUGGGUUAAAAGAUGUGGCAAAUCCACUGUGACUGACAACAGAUGUGUCUUAAAAAGGAAUGAAAGUCUUCUAAACAUAUUAUUUGCAUCUUUAACCAUUCACCGAAAGAACCACACAGGCUUGCCUUAUUGUACGAUCCAAAUCUUUGUCAAUUUGCUAUUUUCAGUGCGUAGGUAGCCAGUUCGGAGGUUGUUGUUAUUUCACGUAGCGAGGUGGAUUUUUCAGACUAUAUCACAGUAAACUGAAUAUGUUUUGUAUUUGAAUGGUUGGUCAGACAAACGGAAUCGGACAACAUCACCUUGGACGUCUCUGUAAUGGACAUUUUUCAAUCAUUUUUAUCAACGAUAAAUCAAGAAAAUAAUCAGCUGAUGAAUAGAUCUAUUUCCACCAAAUACAAUAUUGCACACGUGUAGUUAUAAUUCUGGUUUAUGACAACUUAUGUUGGAGAUCCAGUUCGUCCUUCCUGUCAGUAAUGAUAACAUUAUACUCACCAAGUUUACAUAUCUGAGAUGAUGGGAGCCAGUAGUGGCACCAAGUAACAAAGUACUCCAGUACGUACAAUUUUGAGAUACUUGUACUUAGACUGUUUAAAUUUUAUGCAAUUUCUAUUCCACUGUAUCUCAGACAGAAAUAUUGUACUUUUUGACUUCACUAGACAGCUUUAGUUACUACUAGUUACAACACAUUUUAUCUAGUUGUCUCAUUUCAGAUGUCAUUGAGUUGUCAGUUCCACCAAAGAUACAUUUCUCCUCUAAACUUCUCACAUGGUUUCAUUUAAAUAAAUGUUCAAAUGAACAUUCAAAGACUUUGGAAAAGUCCAGAAACUGAUAACAGAUUGUUUUGUAUCAGAACUUAGUGUCUUGUCAUCAAUCAUCUCAUGACCCUUCAGAUUUAUCUGGUGACCCUUUGGAGGGGCCUGACCCCUAGGUUGGGAACCACUCGACUAAACUUUCUAACCGCAUAUUAAAACUAGCUCA